CAGGCGACCGGACUGCGCCGCUAUGAGCGCGGAUGAGGAAGUGAAUCUCCUAGUCAUUGUCGUUGAUAUUAACCCUAUUUGGUGGGGCAAGCAAGCCUUGUUGGGCUCAGAGCUUACAUUAUCAAAAUGCCUCGAUGCGACCAUGGUGUUGGGAAACUCACACUUAUUUAUGAACCGCAACAACAAACUUGCUGUGAUAGCCAGUCAUAUACAAGAAAGCCGUUUCCUGUAUCCUGGAAAACACUGGGCAGUUGUCGAUCUCUUUGGAGAAUCAAAUGUUUCUGGUAGUAAAGAUGGAAAAUAUGAAUUAUUAUCCACCAUAAACGAAACCAUUGCAGAGGAGAUAAAGGACCUGCUGACCAAUACUGAAGUAAAGGGGCAACAGACAGAAACUUUGCUGGCUGGAUCUCUUGCUAAAGCACUUUGCUAUAUUCACAGAGUAACAAGAGAGAUUAAAACCAGCCAGGAAAUAAAGUCCAGGAUUUUGGUCAUCAAAGCUGCUGAAGACAGCACAUUACAAUAUAUGAACUUCAUGAAUGUUAUCUUUGCAGCCCAGAAACGGAGUAUUUUAAUUGAUGCCUGUGUGUUGGACUCGGAUUCAGGACUUUUGCAACAGGCAUGUGAUAUCACUGGCGGGAUCUACUUGAAAAUUCCAUACAAGCCUUCGCUUCUGCAGUAUUUGCUGUGGGUUUAUCUGCCUGAUCAAGAUCAGAGAUCCCAGCUGAUCCUCCCACCGCCUGUUCACGUGGAUUACCGUGCUGCCUGCUUCUGCCACAGGAAUCUUAUUGAAAUUGGCUAUGUCUGCUCAGUGUGUUUGUCGAUAUUCUGCAGCUUCAGUCCAAUCUGUACCACUUGUGAAACCGCUUUCAAGAUUUCGCUGCCGGCUGUCAUGAAGCCUAAGAAAAAGAAAUUGAAAGUCUCGAUGUAGCUGCAUUGUGGAUUUCCCUUGCCCUCUGUGUGGGAAGUCUGUCUCCCAGACUGUAACUAUAAAACUAAAAAAAACGGAGCGCCAGAAACCAAAAUGUAUUUUGGAAUGAUCAACAAAGGGCUAAAAGUUUCAAGCCAGUGCAUACAUUGUCCAGGACGCUAUUUCUGUACUAAAGUGUUACAAAAUUGAAGUCUUUCUGCCACUGGUUUAAACUAACGCCUGAAAUCAGAGAAGAAGGAAAUAAAGUUGGUAUGUAAAACUCA